UGAACAUCAACAUCAACAUCAACAUUGCCACAAAAACCGGUCCAAAAUCCAAAUUGUCCGAAGAAACCCAUUCUCUUCUCUUCUUCAUCAGAAUUCCACAAUAACAACAAUGGUCGUUGAAGCUCAUCAGCUAUUUCUUCCAAAACCCCCUUUCUUUUCUCCAUCUUUCCCUUCUCCACCCCCUCACUUUUCUUCUUUCCUCUUUCACCCUUGUUCUUUCUCUUUAGCUCUCUUCCAUUCCGAUUCCUCUAUCUCUCUCUACCCUUCUUUCUCUCUCCCUUCCUCUUUCCCUCCUCCUCAAACCACCGUAACGCCGCCCAUCUCCGCCGCCACCUUCCUCCUCCUCCGUAACCCUAACCCUAAUACCCUCUUUCUCAUCUCAUCUCCUGUUUCAGGCGGCUCUUCCGUUCUUCUUCGUUUCUAUAUACUUAACACUGCACGGAAAAGCUUUACUCUCGCGAAGGUCGUGUGCAACCACAGUGAUUUGAAGUUUGAUGAGAGUAAAUUAGGGGUAGUUUUUAGGGUUUCACAUGGGGUUUCAGUGAAAUUGGUUGGGGAUGUUAAUGUAUUUGCUUUGUACUCUAUUUCGAAUGGUAAGAUUUGGGUUUUUGCUGUGAAGUAUUUAGGGGGUGAGGUUGUGAAAUUGAUCAAGUGUGCUGUGAUUGAUUGUUCUUUACCGGUGUUUUCGAUUAGUGUUUCGUUUGGGUACCUGAUUUUGGGGCAGGAUAAUGGGGUUAGGGUUUAUCCUUUGAGGCCAUUGGUUAAAGGAAGAGUUAAGAAAGACAAGGGUGUGGGUAAGAAGAGUUUGAAUGGUGGGUUGGAAAAAGAUAAAAUGGAGAUAAAAAAACUACCUUUACGAAACGGGAUGAAUCAUGGGAUUAAUGCUGAGAUAUACGAAACGGAACUGAAGUUUCCUUCCAAUGCUGUAUUGAAUGAAAGGAUCGAGAGCCGCACUGAAUCAGCAAAGUUAAGAUCUGUGAGACUCAGACAAGAUUCCAGAGAGGAGAUUGCAAACUUCGUGGCGUUCAAGAACGAGGAUGAUAUUUCCGAGUCAAUCAAGAUACCAGCUAAGUCAGCAAAAGCAAUUAGCAUUCAGGGAUUAUCUUCAACCAAGUUUUUGAUCUUGGAUUCUGAAGGAAAUCUUCACCUGUUGUUCCUUGCAACUUCUGUCCAUGGAUCAGAGACUCCUUAUCCCAUGAAACAGUUAAGUCACAACAUGAAAGUUCGAAAGCUUGCUGUUCUUCCAGAUUCUUCUACAAGAUCACAAACUGUUUGGAUUUCGGAUGCACUUCAUACUGUACACAUGAUUGCGGUGACGGACGUGGAUGCUCCUGUCAAUCAAACUGACAGCAAAGACCCUGCAGAGAAGCUUGUACAGACCUCAGUUGUGCAAGCAAUAUUUUCCAGUGAAAAGGUCCAAGAAAUUGCAGCUUUGUCUGUGAAUACAAUAUUGCUUCUUGGACAAGGAAGCAUGUUUGCAUAUGCAAUUUCCUAGCGAUGCUGAGUGGUUCUUUGAGGGCUACAUUUCCUUCACAACACCUCGAGUUCCUUUCCCUCCACACAGUCCGCCACCACACAUGCUGGGAUUGAACUCCAACGUCUGUUCUGCUUCACUGUUGUUCCUCACAUAUUGUUCUAGAACUCCAGGAGAUCUCCAGUGUACUUCGGCAUAGCCCAUUUAAUUCCUUUCAUACUAGAAACAAUUGCCACAGUUUAUCAGUGACUUCACAGUGAAUGAAAAGAUGAUUGGUGGUCCCAGAUCCCUUCUGGAAUAAAAAGCAUCUAGAGCAUAACUGUUAACCCUGCCUCUUCAGAUUUUCUUGUGUCAGGCAUGCCUCUCUAACAAUCAACCAUAUGCAGAGCAGGCUACCUUAUAUUUAACCCUCCAUAUAUGUUUCCAGGGCCAUAUGCAUUGGUUUCCAGUAGCAUUAAAAACUGUUACGCAAGAUUUUGCUCUGAAUAAGCCUCUUUUGAUGUUUCCAUACUAUUGUAUCUUCGUUUGCUGUUGUACCCCGAAAAUGCUCCAAAGCCUCAACUAGCUCAGCAGCCUUGCUCAUUUUCCAGUCAUUGAGUAGUCUUGUGAAGUUUUAAGUUCCAUCCCUGCUCCCCAGACCUCAUGGAUAGUUGCAUCAGGUUUCGGGCUAAACUAAAUAGGUCAAGAUGUUGCUCCUUUAAUGGUUUGUGUACUAAUGAUGUGUCACUCCAGAAAGAUAUUUUCCUUCCACUCCCAACCUUAUAGUUUGUAGUAGCAGCAAAACUAAGCCAGAGUCUCCUGAUUAUUUUGCAAACACUAGCACCAAAAGCUGUUAUGACUUUUUUUGGUGCAGCAAUGACCCCUCCUGUCCAUACUUUAUACUGAAGACCCUUCUCCAUAAGGCUUGAUCUUCAUGGAAAAAUCUCCAUAAGCAAACUCUCGUUGUGUUAUCUCAGGUUCCUUAUACCUAGGCCCCCCAGUCUUUUGCUCUGCAUCAAAAUACUUCAUUUCAUGAUUUUCAGUGCGUUAUAAAUUAAAUUAUUGCACCCUUUAGCUUUUGAAGAUAUGGAAAUAUAAACCUUUUCUUUUCUCUCCUGUCCUCCCCCUCUUUUUUUUUUUUUUUUUUU